GCAGCGAGCUAGGAGGCUGCGAGCUAGCCGCGAACCGGGCGGGCGGCGGGCGCGCGCACCAUGGGGGAGAAACCCGGGACCAGGGUCUUCAAGAAGUCGAGUCCCAACUGCAAGCUCACCGUGUACCUGGGCAAGCGGGACUUUGUAGAUCACCUGGACAAAGUGGAUCCUGUAGAUGGCGUGGUGCUAGUGGACCCUGACUACCUGAAGGACCGCAGAGUGUUUGUGACCCUCACCUGUGCCUUCCGCUAUGGCCGCGAAGACCUGGAUGUGCUGGGCCUGUCCUUCCGCAAGGACCUGUUCAUCGCCAACUACCAGGCCUUCCCCCCAACGCCCAACCCGCCCCGGCCCCCCACCCGUCUGCAGGACCGGCUGCUGAGGAAGCUGGGCAAGCAUGCCCACCCCUUUUUUUUCACAAUACCCCAGAACCUGCCCUGCUCCGUCACCCUGCAGCCAGGCCCAGAGGACACAGGGAAGGUAUGGGAGGAACAGG